AUGUUACUGACUUUAACCAGACUGGACAGCGAAAAUGCGAUCUUCGAGGCCGUCUUUGAGAGAUAUUCAGGCCAACAGGCAAAUGCAGAGGGUUUGAAACAAGAUCUAGGAAUACAUGUGCGUUCAGACAACGAGAUCGAAGUUAAUCUUACGCCCCCGAAUAAUGACAGAAACAAGCCCGCAUUUCAAUUCGAGAUCAAGCAGUCGCUUACGUGUUUAAGAUCUUUUGCGCACUACAACUAGAACUCAACCACAGGCUUUGUUGUCUGGUCCACCACACCGUUUUUCUUGGAUUGGCUGUUGUAUUCUGACAACGGACGUCGCUAAGCUCAAGGCUCAAAGCUUUCAGUUAAUGAAACAUCUGAACAGCUAGAAACACCCCCGAUCUUCUGUAAUACUGAUGUCGGAAAUAUCUUGAAGAAUUGCGUUCUUGAGCCCGGUUCCGGCGUCGCUGGUAUUCUUCCAGUGGUGUUGGCGAACCACGUUGACAAGGUAAUCGCUACGGACCAAAAAGCCCUGAUUUCUGGGCGCAGCAAAAAUAUCAAAGACAAUAUCGACGAAAUCACGCGACGUUCUGUCAAAUCAUUUACUAUGGGUCUAGAAAAGACCAGAAAGACAGAGCUUCGUGUGGACCUUCAUUUACUUGCACUCGAUCGGGAACAUUUCGACGCUAAGAAUGAAAAAGAUUUGCGUAUCCUACUGCCACAGGACUCCUCAAUUUUUCACGUCUUCGCCAUGGAUGCGAUCUACAAUGUGUAUAUCUUAGAUCCAUUCCUGCAGACCCUGUCGAAAAUCAUGAAGCUUUAUUCCACCAAAGGCCACCAAGUGAGGUGCAUCACGGGCAUACAAUUGCGAGAACAGGGCGUGUUAGAGCAGUUUCUUGAAAAAGCCGUCCUUGAGUAUAAUCUCAAGGUGCUGGCUCUAGAGGAUCACUCAAUCCAAGGCACGAGAUUCGGCUUUUACUAUAUAUCAUGA